CAGCGGAAACAGUUUUUUUAAAUUUUUGUUGUACGUUUCACCGCUGUUCUGUUAAGAAGACGGUGAAGUGCCGGGGUGGUGGGGCUGGCGGUGAUCACCGUUUACAGGGGGACGUGGAGCCCAUCAACAGUGCGUAGUCCGCCACGAUUGGUUAGCCCUCGCUGAAAUGUGCCUCAGGAAAGCACCAUUGCACUUCUAGACAGAAAUGACAACAACUGCACUACGGAUAGGGGAUCAAUUAAUCCUCGAAGAGGAUUAUGAUGAAAACUACAUCCCCAGUGAACAAGAAAUCCAAGAAUAUGCCCGGGAGAUAGGAAUUGACCCUGACAAUGAACCGGAAUUAAUGUGGUUAGCCAGGGAGGGUAUCGUGGCACCUUUACCCCAGGAGUGGAAACCUUGUCAAGAUGUCACGGGUGAUGUCUAUUACUUUAAUUUUGUAUCGGGCCAAUCUACCUGGGACCAUCCAUGCGAUGAACAAUACAGAAAGCUGGUUUCUAUGGAACGUGAAAAGCAACACGCUCUAGGUGGAAGCAAAAAGAAAGAAAAGAAAAAGAAGAAAGAGAAAAAAGGGAAAAAAGAGAAAGAUGCACUUAAAUCUGCAGCAUUGAAUUUACCAUCAAAUCUUGUAAUGGCACCUCAAGGAAACCUUGCUCCCCUUCGUGGCCUUGGCGAGCUCUCAGCAAGUACGCCCUUUGGUUUAUUGGACAAUGCACCUGUAGCUACUGGGGGACUACUGAAGAGUUCUCCUGCAUUUGGGAUCCCUAAAGCCAGUGGCCUUACUGAAAGUCUCCUGGGAGCCAAGCUUGAAGAGAAGAUAUCCCUGAACCUAGCUGACCUCAGUGAAACUGAUGAAGACCCGAGCAGAGAUAAGAGUCCCUCCGAUACUGCUCAGCUCAUGAAAAACCUCCAUUUAGAUGUGGAAUCUCUUGGCAUUGGUUUUGAAUAUGAGGAAAGUGCAGAGAUCGACGUGGAUGCAGAUCAGGAUCGUGUUGAUGAAGGGACCGAACCUGAACUUCAGAACCUCCCAGCAUCUGAUGAAGAAGCAGAAAGUCAGAAAGAGAAACAAAAGGUGCUGUUUGAACAAAGCCACGUAAGAAGUGAACCCAGAAGCUUGCUUGAUUCAGACAGUCGUGAUGUUCAGCCUCCAACCCCAGAUAAGUUAACUUCUGACAAAGAGGCUGAUGAUAUUGACAUCGAUUCCAAUGACGAAAAGUUAGAAGUCAGAGGUAAAAGUGAGAGUGAUGCAGGAAGUGGUAUUCUGAUGAAACCUGGGCACCUGGGACAUGCAGUAGUGAUUGACGAAGCUGAAAGUGAAGAAAUUGGAGCAGAAGAUAGUCAAUGCUACUCAGUUGAUGGAACGUCAAAACUGUCUGAGGCUGGAGAUGUAGACUUGAAGUCUGAGCACAAAAACAAGAGAGACCCUAAACUGAAUUCUGCUGCUGAACAGCCAGUUUUUGAAGCAGAUAUCGAUAAAUACAAUGGACCAAGUGAAAAGAAGACUGUCAUGUCUUCGAAGAACCCUGAUGAGUCGUGUAAUCCACUUCAAAAGGAGGAGCAAGAGACCAAGAAACAAAAUCUUGAAGAACAAAGGAAAAGAGCAGAGCCUUCUGAAAGAAUCAUUUAUCAGGAGCAACAGAAAGGCAAGGAACUACUGCAGGCACAGAAAUCAAAGGAGGAGUCUGACAAGUUGAACCAGGAACUAGAAGAGGAAAAGAAUCAGAUACUCAAAGGGAGGGAGGAGCAGCUUUGUAAACUCAGGCAACAGGAGGAAGUGGAAGCCCAGCAAAUUUAUCGAGAUAAAGAAGAAAAACUCAGGUUACUAAAAGAAAAACUCAGGAUUGAGUGGGAGGAAGAGGAGACACGACUAAAAGAGGAGCAGGGCAGUAUAUUGCUCAAACUCCGAGACCAGGUUAAAAUGGAAAUGGAGACAACAGAAAAAGAAAUUGGGGCUGAGAAGGAAGCCAGGCUCGUACAGCUCAAAGCAGAACUAAAAUCAUUUUUAGCAACUGAGCAACAAAACUUAAAGGCUGAAAAGUGUGCAUUUGUGGAGCAGAUGAGGAAAGAGAUGGACAAAACCCUAGAGGAAGAGAAGAUUCAGCUGGAAGAGAAAAAAGAGGAGGCUCUGAGUGAGCUAAGGGAAAAGCUAAAAAAAGAAACAGAAGAGGAACUGGAGUUACUCAAGAACAAACACUCAACUGACCUUCAGGAGCUGACAAAGACAGCUGAGGAAAAGCAUCAAAAAGCACUUUCUAGUCUCCAGAAACAGAUCAGUGAUGCCCACAAUCAAGAUUUCCAUAAAGCACAGAGAAAAAUACGACAGAUUGCAGACUAUGAGCAAAAGCUGAGUAAUUUGUUGAAAGAAAAACGUGAUGAAGUGGGGAAAGAGCAUGAGAGGAAACUGGAGCAGCUUAAAGAAGAGCACCAACAAACUAUGGACAGAAUUAGAGAGGAAUAUGAAGAAAAGGAGCGACAGCAGAGAAGUAAACUGCUAAAGCAGCUGCAGGACGAGCACGAGCGUCUAACCAAGUUUCAUGAGCAGGAGAUUUCAGUUCUUGGUCGGGAGCUGGAGCGUCAACUCAGUGAGUUGCAAAAAUCAUAUGAGAAAAAAGAAUUGAAAAUCAAGAAGUCUGAGGAGCAGCUGGAGAUGAGAAGCAAAGAACUGAAUGCCAAGUGCAAUUUGCUGCAAAAUCAGGAAAUGUCAUUGAAACUGAAGAAGCAACAACUCCGUGCAGAGGAGGAACAGCUGCAGAGGGACCAGGCUGAAAUAGUUCUUUCUCAACCAAGCAAACAAGAAAUAGAACAAGCAAAAUAUGAACAUUCCUCAUUGCAAGAGUCAAUCCGUCUGUCCCACCAGCAAUUGUAUGAUCUACAGGGCCAACAAGUGGAACUCAAAGAGGAAGUUGAUGCGCUCAGAAAUGAACGUCAGCAACUCCAAAAUAGAAUCAGUGAAUUGAAGGCAACAGUCAAAAUGAAGCAAAAUACCAUGAACGAAGAACUUGUAAUCAAUGGAGACUCUGGUGGCACUGAGGGGGAUGAACUUCGGAUUGCGGAUUUGAGUUCACACAGAAAAGACUGUCCAAAUUACAGCACCUCCUCCAUUCUCAUAGCUGAGGACAAACAAGUCAACAUGGAUGAUGUGCGAUACUAUAUCUCUGCUGAAGGCCAAUCUAUCAAUAAAGCCAAGGAGUUCCUCAUGAAGCAAACCCACUCACUUCGGAAGCAACAGGCAGUGCUCAAGUCAGCUAAGCAGCAGUGGAGGCAUGACAUGAGAAAAGCACAGGAGCAGGUGCAAGACCCAGAGAGCUCUCAAAUUCUGCAGGAUGUCUGGAAAAACCUGGAUCAGGAAGCUCAGCACCUGGAUGAGAUGAAGUUAACAAUGGAGAAGGGGCAAGCACUACUACAAAAGAAGGAAGUAAAGCUAAAUCAGCUGGAGUCAUCUUUUGCUGAAGGGCUUUCAGAUGAAGACUCACCAAAAGUCACAGAGGGCAAGAAGGCUGUUACUUUUGAUCUUACAGACUCGGAUGACAUCAGCAGCACUGUCAGCAUUGACCUUCCUCAGCAGAAAAAUGUUGCCUGGUCUGCUGAGUAUUUACAACAUUUCCUUUUGUUCACUUUGGAUUUUGAGCACCUGCAUGUUUUGCUUUUUGACUUUGUUUCUCCACUGCUAACUCUGAUUUCCUUGUGCCAUUUUGCAUGCUUUCUGCUUCUACGGAAUUAACUAUUCUUCAUUAUCCUUUUAGCUUUACUUUUUUUUCUUUGUUGACCUUAUGCCUUUCCCCAGCUUUGAAUAAGACCUGCAUCACUGUUGGACCAUAUAUCUAGCCUGAAAGCAUUAAAGCAGUUAAUAUUGGGUAAUAUGUGGGACCAAGGAUACACUCAGAACAAAACCAGUGUUUGAUUGAUCAGGCCAAGAUCAAAGACUUAUUGAUGACUUUGAAUUUAAUUCACAUGGCUCUGAAAAACAUUGACUAACCAAUGAUUUAUAAUUCCUUCUUUUUUAAAAAGAGUUCACUGUUCUUUCUAUUGAGGGUAUGUAUUUUAGUGUGAUUCAUAAAUUCAUAUUUCAGUUAAAAUGCAACAAAUGCUAUUGGGCAGGAAUAGUCUUGAUUAAAUAUCUAUGAAUUGAUCAGAGUCCAGUUCAUAAAACAAGAAGUUGCAUAGCCUUCAAUAUAUCACAAUUCAUAGAUGUCAGUAUAGAGAUUUGACUCAUGAGUUCUCAUGUUGUGAGCUAUUAUUUUCCUGUGUCAGUAAAUGUUGAUUUGUAGUUGUCAGAGAAAGCCCUCGUUUUGAUCUUAUACUUUGUCGUUUUCCUGCACUGCACUUUAUCAGUGGCUUUUACACUUUAUUCUGCAUUGCUUUUGUUUUCCCUUGUUCUGGCAGCUGGAGGAAGGUAAAACAAUCUAGCUCAGUGCACUUUGUAAUGAUUUGAUCUGUAUAAACAGCAUGCAAGACAAGCUUUUCGCUGUAUCUUUGUGCAUAUAAUAAUAAACCAAUUCCAAUAUCAAUACAAAAGUCUGAAAACAUGUUCUACCAGAUUCAAACCAGCUUCUAUCCCACUGUUAUAAGACUAUGAAAUGGUUCCCUAGUGUAAUAAAAUAGAUUCUUGACCUCAGUCUAUCUCAUUAUGACCUUGCACCUUAUUGUCUGUUUGCACUGCACUUUCUCUGUAACACUUUCUGAUUAUGUCAUUGCUUUUCACUUGUACUGAAACAUCAAUAUAAUCAAUAUGGAUGGCAUGCAAAACAAAGUUUUUCACUGUACUUCAAUACAUGUGACAAUAAUAAAUUAAUUUACCAAUUUAAGUGGGAGAUCUAUAUUAGAUAAACACAUUAAAUAGGGCAUACAAACGUAGUUUGUACUAUUAAAACACUAGCUCGCAAUAGUUAUUACAUUAAUAGCGCUGUUUACUGAAUUUUUAUGUUUAAUAUUGUAGCAACUAUUUAUAUGUGUUGGCGAGUGGCCAAGUGGUUAAGGCGUUCGUCUAGUGAUCUGAAGGUUGCUAAUUCGAGCCUCAGCUGAGGCAACGUGUUGUGUCCUUGAGCAAGGCACUUAACCACACAUUGCUCUGUGACAACGCCGGUGCCAAGCUGUAUCGGCCCUAGUGCCCUUCCCUUGGACAACAUCAGUGGCGUGGAGAGGGGAGACUUGCAGCAUGGGCAACUGCCGGUCUUCUAUACAAGGUGCCUUCCAAGGUGCAAAUCCAUGGUCUCAUGAGACUAAUGGAUGCCUAUUUAUAUCUGGUUGCAGCACUGUAGAUUUGCAACUUAGCUAAGAAAAGCAAUAUAUAUUUUUAUUUGCUUCUGCCCUGUUUUCCCCUUAUUCCUAUGAUCAUUCCAUGGACUAUCAAUGAGUGGCCAGUGAUAAUACAUAAAGCUGCACUGUGCUUCAUAGAUUUGCUUUAUGGAACAUUCUUUCAAAUUUACUAUCAUCACACCAGAUGUUACUGUCAAACGCAAGCUCCAUGCUGAGAACCAAUAAUAUUAUUUAACAAAUGAUUUGACUGAGCAUCACAAUCGAGCUAUUCCUAUCCUCAGAUGCCAUUAAUGAACAUGAAUCAGGCUUUUGGAGGAGCAUUGAGAUCAGAUUCAGAUUUCAAGUUCAUAUUUAUUUCUCAUGUAUACAUCAAAACAUGCAAUGAGAUGUAUAAUUUGCGUUAGCAACCAUCAGACCUAGAGAUGUGUUGGAGACAGCUCGCAAAUGCCACCAUACAUUCCAGUGCCAACACAGCAUGCCCACAUUGCUCAGCAGAUCAACACAGAGCACAACAAGCAACAAGACAACAGCAAAACAAGCCCACACACAUGGACAGCCCUUCCAGAUGGAAAUAACCUGAUAGUUUUCUCCAAUGAACCCAGGGUAGCACGACCAACUGCGGAACAUCAGUUGACCGACUAAUUUAGCAUAGGUAGUGGCUUCCAAACCAGUGAUCUUUUAUAAUUACCCCUUGGAUAAACCCACAAAGCUCCAAACCUAUUCAGAGCUAUAAAGAGUUUGCCUCUGUAAGUGUUUUAUUUAUAUUUGUCUCAAUUUUUG